GUUUCGCGAUGAACAACAAGAGCACGCUCGACGACUACGACGCGAUCUUGGAUCCGCGGCUUGUGCAAGCGGUUCGGAAGCGCGUUGCGUCGUGCCGCAAGGCGGACUUUAUCGAUGUGCUCGGGUCGCACCUUCUGCGGAGUCGGCUGCCGCUGUCGCCACAGUGCGACGUCGACACGGUGCAGGCUUUCCGGGACGCGGUCCGCGAAGACAUUAUGCUCAACGGCGUUCGGUUUGUGGGCGAUCACCGGACAGAGGCCUUUGUCGCCGCAGUCAAGCGCAUUGUUCAAAAGUUUGUGCCCAAGGACCAGUGCCUCGAGGCGUCCGACCGCAUCAUGCGGCGCUGCAGCCGCACCCACAGCGGCACCGACUCGUACUUUGCGCUACAAGAGCUCUUUGGCACCACCGGCCUCUUGAUCAAGCCGCGUCCAGGCGGCACGCCGCCGCUCGAUAUCAGCCUUGGCCGCGACAAGACGGGCAGCUUCAAGUGCCGCAUCAGCGCUGCCAACCUCUAUGCGAUCUACCGGCACGACGACAUCGAGCAGCUCCUGACUCAUUCGGAUCAUACGCUGGCGCCGCUUGUAGAGAUCGACACGGUCAUUGUCGAAGUCAUGUCGUUCGCGACGGGGGCGAUGUCGCGAACGCUGUCGCUACGGACGCCCGAGCCGCAAGAGUAUCUCCACGCCGAGGUCCAAGAACUCUUUUAAACUUAAAAUAUAUAUGUUAAAAAUGGCA